CCGCGCCUGCCGCGUCGGCAGCCCCGGAGCGCGCCGGACGGCGGCGGUGGCAGCCAGAGGGGAAGGGGUGGCAGUGGCUUGAACAGCGGGGUUUGGGCCAUGGCGGCGGCGGCAACGGUGCCUGCGGGGGCCGAGGCCGCGGCGGGGCCGGAGUCGGCCGAGGGGCCCCCGGGGCCGGCAGCAGCGCUGGAGCUGUGGCUCAAUAAAGCCACAGACCCAAGCAUGUCGGAACAGGAUUGGUCAGCUAUCCAGAAUUUCUGUGACCAGGUGAACACUGAUCCCAAUGGCCCAACCCAUGCACCCUGGCUACUGGCCCACAAGAUCCAGUCUCCACAAGAGAAAGAAGCUCUUUAUGCGUUAACGGUGCUGGAGAUGUGUGUGAACCACUGUGGGGAGAAGUUCCACAACGAGGUGGCUAAAUUCCGCUUCCUCAAUGAGCUGAUCAAAGUGUUGUCCCCAAAGUAUCUAGGGUCCUGGACCACGGAAAAAGUUAAAGGAAGAGUCAUUGAAAUACUUUUUAGUUGGACAGUCUGGUUUCCAGAGGAUAUCAAGAUCCGAGAUGCUUACCAGAUGCUGAAGAAACAAGGGAUUGUAAAGCAAGACCCUAAACUACCAGUGGAUAAAAUUUUGCCUCCACCUUCUCCCUGGCCCAAGAGCUCUAUCUUUGAUGCUGAUGAAGAAAAGUCCAAGCUUCUGACGAGGCUUCUGAAGAGCAAUCACCCUGAGGAUCUUCAGGCUGCAAACAGGCUGAUCAAGAAUUUGGUCAAGGAGGAACAAGAGAAAUCAGAGAAGGUGUCCAAGAGAGUCAGUGCUGUGGAGGAGGUACGGAGUCAUGUGAAGGUGCUGCAGGAAAUGCUAAGCGUGUACCGCAGGCCGGGGCAGGCCCCACCAGACCAGGAGGCCUUGCAGGUCGUGUACGAACGGUGUGAAAAGCUGCGGCCCACCCUGUUCCGGCUGGCGAGUGACACCACAGAUGACGAUGACGCACUCGCUGAGAUUCUCCAGGCAAAUGACCUCCUCACCCAGGGAGUUCUGCUGUACAAACAGGUGAUGGAGGGCCGUGUCAUCUUUGGGAACACAGUGACCAGCUCGGUGGGAGACCUACCUGUCUCCAGAGUCUUUCAGAAUCCAGCAGGCUGCAUGAAGAACUGCCCUCUGAUUGACUUGGAGGUGGACAGCGGAUCUGAGCAGGCUGGGACUGUGGCACCAUCUUUGCUUCACCAGGACCUGGCAGCCUUAGGACUCAGUGAUGCUCCAGUUGCUGACAAGGUUGCCGGUCAGAAUUGCUGUGAGGAAAAGAGGAAUCCCACUGCCAGCACACUGCCGGGUGGUGGUGUUCAGAGCCCUUCUGCAGAAAAGAACUUGCUGGAUCUCCUCUCCCCACAGCCAUGUCCAGGGCCUCUGAAUUAUGUUCCACAGAAGAGUAUCCCUAAGGAAGUGCCCCCCGGCACUAAGUCCUCUCCAGGUUGGUCCUGGGAAGCUGGCCCAUUGUCUUCUUCCCCAUCCUCCCAGAAUACACCUCUGGCUCAAGUGUUUGUCCCUUUGGAGUCUGUUAAACCCAGCAGCCUACCGCCUCUCAUCGUGUAUGACCGGAACGGAUUCAGAAUUCUGCUCCACUUUUCCCAGACCGGGGCCCCUGGUCACCCAGAGGUGCAGGUGUUGCUAUUGACCAUGAUGAGCACUGCCACCCAGCCUGUCUGGGACAUCAUGUUUCAAGUGGCUGUGCCGAAGUCUAUGAGAGUGAAGCUGCAGCCGGCAUCCAGCUCCAAGCUCCCUGCAUUCAGUCCGUUGAUGCCUCCAGCUGUGAUCUCUCAGAUGCUGUUGCUUGACAAUCCACACAAAGAGCCCAUCCGGUUACGGUAUAAGCUGACAUUCAACCAGGGCGGACAGCCUUUCAGCGAAGUAGGAGAAGUGAAAGACUUUCCAGACCUGGCAGUCUUGGGUGCAGCCUAACUUUUCACGAGACAGACCCUGCCGCUCGAGCUUAGGCCAGUGUGAAUGUUGCUGUCUAGAUAGGACUAAUCACGGUGAUUUAGUGCUGAGUGCCAAGAGUUCUAUCCCGACGUCAGGCUCUGGAUCCCAACCUCUGACUUAUUCUGCAGAUACUACGUGUGUGUGUGUGUGUGUAUGUGUGUGUGUGUGUGUGUGUUGUGGGGGGUUGUGGGGGUGGGUAGCACAGGGCUUGGGGUGUGGGCAGUGUGGGGAAAUGCUAAAGCAUUUCUGACAACCAUCUGCUACAAUCAUCUGUUUCUGCAUGUGGGUGGACACUGAUGUCCCCGCCUCAGGUUGGAGGUUUUAUAAGCCAAAGUUGUGUUGUGUUGUGUUUUUUCUGUGUAUUGUUCUCUUUCCAUCCAUCCACUCUGUGCCUUGUCAGCCUUUGAAAGUCUCGGCUGCUCCCAGGCUGCUGUUCUCAGGGACCUUAAAAGGGACCUGGUUGGUCUUGGGACAGAGAGUGUCUUCUGGGGCACUCUCUUCCAAGAAAGACCUUGUCUCCAUUUCCAUUAGAGAAUGCUGCUUGCUUGUUUUUGAGAAGAUCUUCUAAAUGGAAUGCUUAUUGCACUGUUUUCCAGGCGAGGGGCUGCCACUAGACGAGAGGACCACGCUUAGUGGGCCAAGCAUGUCCUUCACCACUGUGCCUUAGAAUCACCCAGAGAGGACCUUCCAGGGCAGAGGGGAAAGCAGAUCCCAGGCCUUAAUGCAGGCCUCAGGUUCCGUGGGUGGGGCAGCCUGUCUGGGCCCUUACUCAGGACCCUCCUCUCCAUUCUCAUCCUGUUUCUCCACAAGCAUUUACCCUCCAAGCUCUUUGAUUGUGACGCCGUGCCAGUCAUUGUCAGCCAUAACUAACAGGCUCACCCUUGCCUGUUGACUUCACCGUCCAAGAUGAAGGACUGAUGCAAAUAGAUCUGAAAAGAGCUUAGCAGUGAUUUAAGUGGUGAACUGAAUAUAGAAAGUCCUUGAAUAAAUACCCAUGUAGCAAAUACGCUUUGUGGAGUUUUGAGUAAAGUAGGAGACACAGAGCCUGUUGCAUUUAGAGACGACCAGCCUAAAGGGCACCGUUGCCUAUAGAGGAAGUAGGGAGACUUCAUGCUGUGGAACCUGAUGAACUCAAGGCCCUGCGGGUCUGGACAAAGCUGGAAAAGAGAGGUGGAUUUUUUGUUAUGUUUAUGGUUUGAAGGAAAAAUUCAUGUUUAUAGUCCAUUCUUAGCACCUGCUGUGCACUGGGUGUCCUUUACAGUCCUGCUGUGCUGGUCGGUGGGAGAAGAGAGCUGUGCCUCGCCGAUAGAGCCCGAUGAAGGACUUUGAGAUCCCAAGCAGCUCACCUGUCUGGGCAGGAUUCUACCUCAGAAACUGCAAGGCCCUGUUUGGGGCUCUUUAGCACAAAAUCUGGUACUUGCCGGUUGGAGCUGUCAACUUCUACGUAUAGUUAGAACUUUGCCAGCGCUAAUUGGUGGGCAUGGGAGCUGUAAAAGAUCAUCUAGCUGUGCUGAGUUUUAAGCGAAUGUGAAAAUUCCUAAAACAGAUAAGUGAUGAGUGACUUCUUCAUUCUCCCAUAAGACUCAUUUUAAUCUAAAAUUACUUGCAUGUUCAGAUGUUCUGUAUAACUUUUCUAGGCUCUAGCUAUUUCAUAAAGUCUUUAAGAGGAACCCAGUAUAAUGAUGAUGUCUGCCCAGACACAACUUCCAGCAAAAUGUGUGAAUGAGGCUUACACACAAGAUUUUUAUCCCCUAGUUCAUUGGCGAACUUGUGUGUCUCAACAUCCUGUCUUCCAGGAGACCGACUCCCAGUGGUGGUUAGGCAGAGUUGAACAGGAUAGGGGUGUGUGUGUGGCAGGGGUGCCCUGAAAGUGGCCUGGUUAUCAUCAGUGCCUUCUAUUUAUCAAGUUCAGUGACUACUGAAGGCCUCAGCCUUCAUUUCUUCAACAAGUAGUUGACCAGCUACUGGGAGCCCAACACUUUUGUAGGCACUGCAGAUAGAGUAGCAGCCAGAAACCCCUGCCCUCGUGGAUCUUCCGUUCUAGUGGGGAGACAAAUCCAUGAUAUAUUGGGUGGAGACUUGGCACUGAUGAGCAGUAUUUUUCCCCUAUCCUGAACCCCUCCAGGAUCCUGCUCCCCCGUUUCUGGACUUACUUCUGUGACUGUUCCUCUUUCUCUAUCCCUUAAAUGUGAUGUCCCCAGGAUUUAGUCCUUAGGACUUUUCUAAGCACAUCCGGGCAGUUAACCGCUAGAUGGGCUUAGACCUUGUCUCAAGCUUCUACCUCCUUGCUGACAUCAGAUCCAUAUUCAUCAGUGGUUAUCUGUAGCUUUCAUUGUUACCUCAGACUCCUCCCCCUUUCCCCCUACAUUUUCUUUUAUUUGAAAGCACCUGUCUGAGUCUUCAUGGAUUCUUGAUUCCUGCUGCAUCUAUAGCCACUCAGUAGUUUUUGUCUCGGCUAGUCUAUUUCUUUUUUCUUUUUUUUUUAAUGUUUAUGUUUGAGAGAGAGCAUGAGUGGGGGUGGGGCAGAGAGAGAGGGAGACACAGAAUCCAAAACAGGCUCCAGGCUCCGAGCUGUCAGCACAGAGCCCGAUGCGGGGCUCGAAUUCACGAACUGCGAGAUCAUGACCUGAGCUGAAGUUGGACGCUUAACCGACUGAGCCACCUAGGCGCCCCUUGUCCAGUCUAUUGCUAAAGCCUACAUCAUGCCCUCCCCUGCCUUCACUCUGUCACUGCCCUGAUUUGGCUUUUUGGGGGUUGAGGGAUGGGGGGUGCAGUAUUCUGCCUCUCAGAUCUCUGAACCAUUACACUUGCCACCACCAGAAUGCUCUAACAGAUCUGGCCACUUGAUCCCGGGCUGGAAAAUCCUGAAUGGCUUCCCAAUGCUCUAAAAGUUUUUGCAAUCAAAUGGAAUGCUUGAGUGCUCUUAACUCUUCUCUAACUUUGUGUGCUUCCUGCCUUUCUGCAUUCUGCCGAGAAUGAGCACUUCUCUCAGCCACAAGAUCGUCCUUUCAUGUUUUGAUAAUGCCACGUUUUUCCAUAGCUUUAGGAGGCCACUCCUCUCCUUUUAUCUCUUCAGUGAAUUUAAGACUAGGCUAGAAGCCUGCUUUAUCUGUGAGCAUAAAUGGGCUAUGGAGAUAGUAAAUGUUGAAAACAGGGUAAAUGACAACAACAGAACAUGAAUAUUACCUGUUAAAAAUGGUGUAAAUUUACAGACCAAACAUUCAGGGUAGAGAGCAAAGGUAAUAUUCUAAAACACCAGUAGUGCUUGAUUACUAGUGUCUACAAAUCAAGUAUAUCCAAUGUAGGAGAUGCUGACCCAACACAAAAAUAUAAAAUUCUUCCAACUAGGUGUUUUGUUUUCUUUGGAAGAAAACAGUAGGAGAGGGUCCUGGAGUGGUAGCCAUGUGGGGUUUUAGUGGCGGUGGGGUGGUGUUAAAGAUCAGUCUGACAUUUUCUGUCUGGAAAGAGGUGGGGCCAGGUAGGACAAAGGAAGGGUCCUCAGGUGAGAUGAGCCAAGAUUUUCGUUAUAUAGGUAAGGCACUUAAGGUCCAGGGUUUGCAUUUAAUGUCCACUGGAAUGAAGAAAUCCCGGCCCUUUUUCCCCUUGUCCAGUGCAUUCCCAAUUAUACCAUGUUCAUUCCAAGAAAGCUUGCAUUUUGCUUUGUUUUUAAAGGUUCUUUUUUGAGAGAGAGGGACAAUCCCUAGCAGGGCCUGAACUCACAAACCAUGAGAUCACAACCUGAGCUGAGAACUGAGCCACCCAGCUGCCCUGAAAGCUUGCAUUUUAAAAAGUGUGAACAUUCUGCUCUUUGAUUCUUGAAUACUUCAUCCCACUUCCAGAGGUAACAGUAGGAUUUUAAGAGUUAACAUUGUAAAAGCAUACUGCCAUGUUACAGGCACCGGAUACUUAGGAUUUUAAUGUUCGAGGUUUUCUGAAACCCCAAACAGUCUGAAAUAAUUAAGGCAGCCCUCGGUUGUGAUUCCACCCUUUAGCUUCACUGCUGCCUCUAAGAAGCCAUGUAAGUAAUUUAUCCUCUUCAGAUUCCUCCUCUGUGGAGAGCAGAACUUUUUUGAGAAUUAAAUGUUAAUGUAUGUAAAGUGACUACAGUGCUACGUGGCACUUAGCAGAGACUUCAUGUUUGCUGUUAGCCUGUCCACCUGAUUUCCAGCACAUGAACAGAGGUGACUUACCUAUAACUGUAAGUUCACCUCCUCAACUAACAAAACAGAUGUUUAAAACCUUGGUGAGUUUCAAAUUAAUACUGAGACACCCUGAACAUCAAGGAUAGAAGGGUAGCAAAAAAUAUUUAUAGGAAACCAUACUCCUAGACCUAGUCACAAGGGAUUCUCGCCAUUUUGAAAGUCUCCCCCAAGUCUAGUCAAAAGAUUAAAUCCAUAACAGAACACUUAGAAACUAAGGAUGAACACAUUUCCUACAAAACAUUCAGUUUGGUAAACAAAGCUGUGCAUUCCAAAAUUUAUAACCCAGACACCAAAAUUUGAAGUAGAUAACUUAGUCUGUUCUUGUUUUUGAAUGCAUGGGCAAAAUACUCUAAAGCCAGUGGCAGUCCUAUUGAAAGAAUACACUGUAUAAAGCGUGUUCUGGGGAUGCUGUUAACCACCUUAAUAGCUCAACUGGAUGAUUUGGUCAGCUCAAUAAUAGAUGUAGAAAAAGGCAUUCUAUGUCAUUCACUGUUUAUUCCUAAUAAAAGCAAAUGACCUGCAGCAUGUUUAAUAAAGAGAUACUAUAGUGGCCUAAAUAGAAAGGUUUAUUUCCUUGUUUAAAAGGCGGCCAGAAAUAGUCCAGAACCAAUGUUGGUAAUAUUUAGUAAUGACAGUGAUUAGGAACCCAGGUUCCAGCUACUCCUAAAUCCUCACUCAAGGAUAUGCUUCUCAAUGUCAUGUUACAGGAUGAUGGCUGAUAUUCCAAGCCACAGGAAGGAAGGGGAGGAAGGAAUACAGGAAAACUGAUAUUCUUAAAGUAUCCCGGAACUUUCAUGUGAUAUUUCCAUUUACAUCUUCUUGGCUGUUUAGUAACAGGGCCACACCUAGGUGCAAAGAGGCUGAAGAAUUGUCAUUCACAUGCAAUGCCACACCACAUGAAACUGGGUUUUAGCUAAAGAAGACAGGAUUCGUAGUAGUGGAUGAACUGUCUACCAUAAGGCGCUGUGGCAAUCUACUGGGGAAGAAAGCUGCCCUUGAACUAUUGCUAAAUGGGAAAACGCGCUUUUAUAUUUUGUCAUGACCCCAGUUUUAAAACUAAGCAACCCCAGGGGACACCUGGGUGGCUCAGUCCAUUGAGUGUCUGACUCGAUUUCAGCCCAGGUCAAGAUCCCCCAGGGUCAUGGGAUGCAGUGCAUCAGGCUCCACACUGAGCAUGGAGCCUACUCUGGAUUCUCUCUCUUUGUCCUUCACCCUUACUCGCACAUGCGCUCUCACUCGCUCUUCCACUCUGAACAAAAAAACUAAACUACCCUGGUAUAUGUAUGCAUAUAUAGUAACUAGUAAGUCUUUGGGUCACAGAAUUGCAAAUGAGUUCUUUUUAAAUUUUAUAUGCAUUUUCUAAAAUAUCUGGGCUGAAAAAUCAUUUUUGCGCUCAAUGUUUUUCAAACUUAAAACAAAGCGUAGAGAGUCUUUCCACCUGAUUACCCUUCUAGGAGACAGUGCUACUGGUUCCUCAUCUGUCCUUGGAGAUAAUUCUGGCAUGUUCAAGUCAAUGAACUGUACUUUGCUUUUUUUUUUCCUUCCCAUGUAAUGAUAUAGCUUGCCGAAAUGCCAUAAUCAGUACAAACUGCUUGGUAGAAGAAAGAAUAGCCCCUGCUUUCUGCUGUCCUGACAGCAGAUGGGAUCAGUCAGUUAUAUGUUGAAAGUCCUGGGUAUUAAAACUGGCACAUGAA